AUGGAGUUCGUGGGAGGUUUACCUUCGUACUAUAGCGUUCUGGGCGUUGAUAGAAACGCUUCAGAUGAAGAAAUUAAACGUGCUUAUCGGAAGCUGGCCAUGCAAUGGCAUCCGGACAAAUGGGCAAGUAGAAACCCCUCUGUUCUUGGAGAGGCCAAGCAGAAAUUCCAGCAAAUUCAAGAAGCUUAUUCAGUUUUAUCAGAUAGGAGAAAGAGAGUGAUGUAUGAUGCAGGGAUAUAUGAUCCUGAAGAUGAGGAUGAAGAAGUUGAGGGAUUUGCAGAUUUUCUUCAAGAAAUGGUCUCUCUCAUGAGUGAUGCUAGGAAAGAGGCAAAGAACUACAGCAUGGAGGAACUUCAGAGCAUGUUUUGCGAGAUGGCGCGAGAUUUCCAGACUCCUCAGUGGGGUUAUGACCUGAUGCAGCAACACACGUACGAGUCCUUGUGGUCUUGCGGCCCGUUUAGCUUGCACGAGCCCGAGAUUCCCAGAACGAGCUCAUGUGAAGCGAACCAACUUCAUGGGAAUCCUCACUUGGGCACAUCGAGCUUUGAAACUUAUGGUCAACAUCAUUUUUGCCGAUAA